AACAUGUUGGUGAACUGGAAGUGUGAAGGAGAAGUGCAUUUAGUGGUAGGUGAUAUCAACGGGAUCAUCAGUCACCGACUCAAGACCAUCGUUGAUUCAGGAGCCACCCCCAUUCUUAUAACACAAACUCCAAACAAUCUUGAGUAUGAGCAGUACAACAAACAGUUUGACCUCAAGGACCUACACCGAGGCCGAGCCGAAACCAUGAACAUAGUGGAUAAGGUGACGGUGAAUAUAGCCUCAGAUGGCGUCAAACGCCAGAUCUACAACGAGUGCAGACGUCUAAGAAUUCCUAUUAGCACUAUUGAUAGUGCAGAAUACUGUACUUAUUCAGCGGUGACCACGUACAAAAAGGGCGGAUUCCAGGUGGGUGUCACUACCAGUGGGAACGGGUGCAAGUUGGGAUCUCGAAUCAAGAGGGAAAUUGUCAGUAAACUUCCACCCGACAUAGACUCAAUUUGUCAGAAUGUUGGAGACUUGCGUAGAGUGAUUUUACAGCAGGAUGGAGUGUUUGACAGCGACGAUGAUGACACAAACUUGCAGUUGAACGUUCUAGUGAAGGAAUUUGACAUGAACGAGCAGGACUUGAAAAUGAAGCGGAUCAACUGGUUGAAUCAGAUUGUGGAGUACUAUCCUUUGGAAAAAUUAAGAGGCUUGAAGCUCCAAGACUUGGAGGAUGGUGCGGGUGCAUUACCAGCAUACACGAGAACAGACACUUGCGCUGCAAAACGAGCCAAGGGGAAGGUUCUCCAGAAAAAGGGUACGAUUUCUCUUGUGGGUGCGGGUCCAGGAAGUGUAUCAUUACUUACAAAGGGUGCUGUGGAUGAAAUCAUCCUGGCAGAAUUGGUCCUUGCAGACAAACUUGUACCACAGGAAGUUCUUGAUAUGGUCCCCAAGAAAACCGAGUUGUUCAUUGCCAGGAAAUUCCCAGGAAAUGCAGAAAGAGCUCAACAAGAACUACUUGAGUUAGGACUCGAAGCAUUAAACAAGGGCUUCAAAGUGGUGAGAUUGAAACAGGGUGACCCAUACAUUUUCGGCCGUGGGGGUGAGGAGUAUCUUUUUUUCAAAGAACAUGGAUUCAUUCCUCUUGUUCUUCCGGGAAUAACUUCAGCAUUAUCAGCUCCACUUCUAGCCAACAUUCCUAUGACUCACCGAGACGUCAGUGACCAGGUUCUCAUUUGUACUGGAACCGGGAAGAAAGGCUGUUUGCCCAACAUCCCUGAGUUUGUCACCACCAGAACUACUGUUUUCCUUAUGGCAUUACAUCGCAUCAAUGAGUUUGUAGAUGCUCUUGUGGAGAAGGGCUGGGAUACGGAAUUGCCAUGUGCUAUCGUGGAGCGUGCCAGCUGUCCAGACCAAAGAAUUAUUAAAUCUCGUUUGAUGGAGCUCCCUGAUGUGGUACAGAAGUACGGAUCUCGGCCACCAGGCUUGCUUGUCACUGGCUAUGUAACUAAUCUUUUGAACGACGACAUCUUGGUCGAGGGAGUCACCAACGCCGUUCCUGGGUACACACUUCCAGCAUAG